AUGGAGCAGUCUCUAGCAAUAAGAGACAUUGUUGCAGCAGUUGCUGCUCAAAACCAGGCAGCAGCAGCAGCAGCUGCUGCUGCAGCAGCAGCAGCAGCAGCUGCUGCUGCUGCAGCAAAUGCUGCGGAAGAUAGCACAGGGGAACCGAUCCAGGCAGAAGAACCACUCAAAGGGGCCAGACAAUUCGCCGCUGCUGCUGCAGUGCAGCAGAAGCAGCAGCAGCAGCAGCAAGACAAGGCAGGGAUAGCCCCAGCAACUACAAGAUGCUCCAGUAUGCAGAAUGAGCAGCAGCAACAGCAGCAGCAGCAGCAGCAGCAGCAACGGGUCCUCUUUCUGACGUCGAAUUUGAGGAGACAACUCGCAAUCCUGACGGCUUCCCUCUGUCUCUCCCUCUGCGGAUCCCCGCGCUGUCUCGGCUUGAGAGCGUUAUAUUCGGGUGUCUCUCAACCUCUGCAGCAGCAGCAGCAGCAGCAGCAGCAGCAGGAGGAGGAGGAGGAGGAUCAGGGUCAGGAUCAGCAGGAGGAGCAGCAGCAGCAGCAGCAGCAGCAUGCAUAG